AUGGCGGGAGGCAUGAAAGUGGCGUUGGCUCAGCCCGUCGGUGCUGGGUUUUGGGGCGGGGGUCGUGGGGGCUCCGGGGCAAUGUGGCUGCUCCUGGUUUUCUCCGGUUGCUUGGUCUGCGGCUCAGCUGAAAUUGACGUGAAUGUGAUCAUGCUCCGGGAAUCCCGAGUUUAUAAUAGCAAUAGUAGCCAGCAGUUCUGUUACAGAAACGUGCUCAUCCCAAAGUGGCAUGAUAUAUGGACUCGGAUACAGAUCCGGGUCAAUAGUUCCAAACUGGUUCGAGUUACCCAGGUGGACAGUGAGGAGAAACUAAAGGAGCUAGAGCAGUUUAGCAUUUGGAAUUUUUUUUCUUCCUUUUUAAAAGAGAAAUUGAAUGACACCUAUGUUAAUGUAGGUUUAUACAGCACAAAAACCUGCCUCAAAGUUGAUAUUUUGGAGGACAACACGAAGUACAGUGUUAUUGUUACCCGGAAAUUUGACUCCAGACUCUUCCUUGUUUUCCUCCUUGGACUUAUGUUAUUUUUUUGUGGAGACUUGCUCAGCAGGAACCAUAUCUUCUACUAUUCUACGGGGAUGAGUGUGGGAAUUGUAGCCUCUCUACUCAUCGUCAUUUUUGUACUAUCUAAAUUCAUGCCCAAGAAAAGUCCCAUUUACGUCAUCCUGGUAGGAGGCUGGUCCUUUUCUUUGUACCUGAUUCAACUAGUUUUUAAAAAUUUACAAGAGAUCUGGAGGUGUUACUGGCAGUAUCUUUUAAGCUACAUCCUCACAGUUGGAUUCAUGAGUUUUGCUGUCUGCUACAAGUACGGACCACUGGAGAAUGAACGAAGCAUCAACCUGCUGACCUGGACCUUGCAGCUGAUGGGCUUAGGUUUAAUGUAUUCUGGUAUCCAGAUUCCACAUAUUGCUCUUGCCAUAAUCAUCAUUGCACUGUGUACUAAGAACCUGGAGUACCCUAUUCAGUGGCUCUACAUCACCUACAGAAAGAUGUGUAAGGCCACAGAAAAGACUGCCCCUCCUCGUCUCCUGACGGAAGAAGAGUAUCGGAUACAGGGGGAGAUAGAGACCAAAAAGGCUUUAGAGGAUCUUCGAGUAUAUUGCAACAGUCCAGACUGCUCUGCUUGGAAGACGAUUUCUCGAAUCCAGUCUCCAAAGAGAUUUGCUGACUUUGUGGAAGGCUCUUUCCACCUCACACCAAAUGAAGUUUCUGUUCAUGAGCAGGAAUAUGGAUUAGGGAGCAUUCUUUCUCAGGUGGAUUUUGAUGAAGAAACCUCUUCUGAAGAGGAGAACUCUGAAUUUCGGUCCUCCACUCCCACACAAAACCAUUUCCUGACUUAG